AUGAGGAGCGCGGGGCGGGAGCCCGGGCCGCGGCGGAGUCCAAGAUGGCGGCGUGCGGUGGUUCCGCUGUGUGAGGCGAGCGGCGGCGGCGGCGGCCGGCGCGGGGAUCAGCAUCCGCUGCGCGGGGACGACGACGGCGAGCCGCACCCUCCGCGCCACCGGCACCAGCACCAGCAGCAGCACCGUGAGCCGCAGCACCUGCAGCCCGUCAGGCGCGGCCUCGCAGCCGGCAGCAGCAGCAGCAGCAGCGGCGCCAUGAAGGGCAAGGAGCGCUCGCCGGUGAAGCCCAAGCGCUCCCGCGGCGGCGGCGGCGACGACUCGUCGUCCUCCCGCGGCGAGCGCAGCAAGAAGCUGGGCGGCUCCGGCGGCAGCAACGGCAGCAGCAGCGGCGGCGGCGGUAAGAGCGGCGAGAGCUCGCGCCGCAGCCUGCACCUGGACAAGUCGCGCAGCAGCAGCCGCGGCGGCAGCCGCGAGUACGACACGGGCGGGGGCGGCUCGAGCCGCAGCUUGCGCGCCUACAGCUCGCCCAGCGCCGCCAAGAACUCCUCCGGCGGCGGCGGCGAGUCGCGCGGCAGCUCCCGAGGUCGCGGCGGCGGCGGCGAGUCGCGCGCGUCGGGCGCCGCCGGGUCGUCGUCGUCCUCGUCGGCGGCGCUGGACGGCGGCGAGUACAAGACGCUGAAGAUCAGCGAGCUGGGCUCGCAGCUGAGCGACGAGGCGGUGGAGGACGGGCUGUUCCACGAGUUCAAGCGCUUCGGCGACGUGAGCGUCAAGAUCAGCCGCCUGGCCGGCGCGGGCGGCGGCGGCGGCGGCGACGAGCAGCGCGUGGCCUUCGUCAACUUCCGACGCGCCGAGGACGCGCGCGCCGCCAAGCACGCCCGCGGCCGCCUGGUGCUCUACGACCGGCCGCUCAAGAUCGAGGCGGUGUACGCCAGCCGCCGCCGCAGCCGCUCGCCGCUCGACAAGGACGCCUACGGACUGUCGUCCAGCCUGGCGGGCAUGUCGGUGAGCGGCCACCGCCACGCGCACGCCCACGCGCACGCCCCCGGCGGCGGCGGCCAGCGCUCCCUGUCGCCCGGGGCCGCGGCGCUGGGCUACCGGGACUACCGGCUGCAGCAGCUGGCCCUCGGCCGCCUGCCGCCGCCCCCGCCGCCGCCGCUGCCCCGCGAGCUGGACCGCGACCGCGACUACCAGUUCUACGACCGCGUGCGCCCCGCCUACAGCCUGGAGCCCCGCGUGGGCGCUGGCGGGGGCGGCGGCGGCGGCGCGGCGGCCUUCCGCGAGGCGGACGAGAUCUCCCCCGAGGACGACCAGCGCGCCAACCGCACCCUCUUCCUGGGCAACCUGGACAUCACCGUGACCGAGAGCGACCUGCGCCGCGCCUUCGACCGCUUCGGCGUCAUCACCGAGGUGGACAUCAAGCGGCCCUCGCGGGGCCAGACGAGCACCUACGGCUUCCUCAAGUUCGAGAACCUCGACAUGUCGCACCGCGCCAAGCUGGCCAUGUCCGGCAAGAUCAUCAUCCGCAACCCCAUCAAGAUCGGCUACGGCAAGGCGACGCCCACCACCCGCCUCUGGGUCGGCGGCCUGGGCCCCUGGGUGCCCCUGGCGGCGCUGGCCCGCGAGUUCGACCGCUUCGGCACCAUCCGCACCAUCGACUACCGCAAGGGCGACAGCUGGGCCUACAUCCAGUACGAGAGCCUGGACGCGGCGCACGCCGCCUGGACCCACAUGCGGGGCUUCCCGCUCGGCGGCCCCGACCGGCGCCUCCGAGUCGACUUUGCCGACACGGAGCACCGCUACCAGCAGCAGUACCUGCAGCCGCUGCCCUUGGCGCACUACGACCUGGUGACGGAUGCUUUCGGGCACCGGGCGCCCGACCCUCUGAGGGGGGCUCGCGACCGCACCCCGCCCUUGCUGUACAGAGACCGCGACCGGGACCUCUAUCCCGACUCUGACUGGGCGCCGCCCCCGCCCCCGGUCCGCGAGCGCAGCACGCGGACUGCGGCCUCCGCGGUGCCCGCCUACGAGCCGCUCGACAGCCUGGACCGACGGCGCGACGGCUGGUCCCUGGACCGGGACCGCGGCGACCGAGAUCUGCCCAGCAGCCGGGACCAGCCCCGGAAGAGGAGGCUGGCCGAGGACAGCGGCGGCAGGCACCAGGACCGGUCCCCCGAGAGUGACCGGCCCCGGAAGCGCCACUGCGCGCCGUCGCCGGACCGCAGCCCGGAGCCCAGCAGCGCCCGGGACCGCUACAACAGCGACAACGACCGCGCCUCGCGGCUCCUCCUGGAGAGGCCCUCGCCCAUCAGGGACCGGCGGGGCAGCUUGGAGAAGAGCCAGGGCGACAAGAGGGACCGCAAAAACUCGGCCUCGGCCGAGCGAGACCGGAAGCACCGGGCGGCGGCGCCCACCGAGGGGAAAAGCCCCCUGAAGAAGGAAGACCGGGCCGAGGGGAGCGCCGCCAGCACCAGCGCCGCCUCUUCCAAACUCAAGGCCCCUACCCAGAAGCAGGAGAGCGGGGCCGCCUCCGCCGCCGCCGCCUCCCCGAAACUCUGCUUGGCCUGGCAGGGCAUGCUCCUGCUGAAGAACAGCAACUUCCCGUCCAACAUGCAUCUGCUGCAGGGCGACCUCCAAGUGGCCAGCAGUCUCCUCGUGGAGGGCGCGACUGGCGGCAAAGUGGCCCAGCUCAAGAUCACGCAGCGGCUCCGCCUGGACCAGCCCAAGUUGGACGAAGUCACUCGCCGAAUCAAGGUGGCGGGGCCCAACGGCUACGCCAUCCUCCUCGCCGUGCCUGGAAGUUCCGACAGCCGCUCCUCUGCCUCAGCCACCUCUGACACUGCCACCUCCACGCAGAGGCCACUUAGGAACCUGGUGUCCUAUUUAAAGCAAAAGCAGGCGGCUGGGGUCAUCAGCCUCCCUGUGGGGGGCAACAAAGACAAAGAAAACACCGGGGUUCUUCACGCCUUCCCACCCUGUGAGUUCUCCCAGCAGUUCCUGGAUUCUCCUGCCAAGGCACUGGCCAAAUCGGAAGAGGAUUACCUGGUCAUGAUCAUUGUCCGUGGUACAACUUUAACGAUGUAGUUUGUAUCGUAUGGGAACUAUUCACCAAAAACUCUGCUGGUGAACAGCAGAUGAAGACAUGGAAUUCAGAGCUCUAAUGGACCUUUUUGAAGAGAAGUGAUGGCUUAUGUGGAGUUUACAUGGGCCUCUUGAUGGAAGAAAGCUAAUGUUUAGUAUUUGUGCAUUUUACUAAAAUGGCAGCUUAAAAGUUGUGUAUCUGCUAUUGUGAUGCCAAUGCCGGUGUUUUAAGUGGAAAAAAAAAUGACCUCUUUGCUUUGUGCUGUGUACACAAGAUUUCUGGAAAAGUAAAGAAAAACCCUUUUUAUGGCUCACACAGCUUAAAACUAGCUGUCACUCAAACGUGCUGCUCACAGUCGAGCUGCUUUUGUUUUAUUCUAAAUAAAUUGUUUCUUUUGAGGAAAA